UGCGCUUUCUUAUUUUCAUUUGAUACGGAGCUUCUAUGCCGAUUGUAAAGUUACUGAUCAAAGUUCAACUUGGCCGCGAGAUAUAAUUGCAACUCAUUCCAUAAGAUGAACAGACGUGCCUGUAGUGUACUAUUUUCUUCCUUCAAAACGAUGGCCAGCUCCAGGGUUCCAAUCGCCCGUAAUUUGUGUGCAGCUCCUCCGGUACAAUCCGGAACCGAAAAGUAUGACUUUAAAACGCUCAAAUUAUCGACACCGAGCCCCUUCGUCGUUCACGUCGAGUUUAAUCGGCCGGAACGAAUGAACGCAUUCAAUCGGCAGCUGUGGACCGAGAUAAAGGACUGUUUCGAGCAGCUGCACAACGAUCCCGACUGCCGCGUAGUGGUUCUGUCCGGAGGCACCUCGAAACACUUCACCGCCGGUAUAGAUCUGUUCGACAUGAUGUCGCUGGGCCAGCAGCUGGGCGCCAUCGAGGAGGUGGGCCGGCGGGGCCGAUUGCUCGAGGGCACCAUCAAGCUGUACCAGGAUUGCAUCAGUGCACUUGAGAACUGCUACAAACCGGUCAUUGUAGCGGUACACUCGGCCUGCAUCGGUGCCGGUCUGAAUCUUAUCACUGCCGCGGACGUACGGUACUGCACGCGCGACGCUUGGUUCUCGCUGAAGGAGGUCGACAUUGGGCUGGCGGCGGAUGUAGGCGCAUUGCAGCGCUUUCCCCGUGUCGUCGGAAAUCAGAGCUGGGUGCGGGAGUUGGCUUUCACGGCACGCAAAUUCGCCAGCGAAGAAGCGCACAGCCAUGGGUUGGUUUCGCGCGUGUUCGAUACCCGGGAGGCGCUGUUAGGGGGCGCGAUCAAACUGGCGGAGGAGAUCGCCAGCAAGAGCCCGAUCGCGGUGCAGGGUACGAAGAAGAACAUCGUCUACUCGGCCGACCAUACGGUUCAGGAGGGACUGGAUCACAUUCGACAGACUAACAUGCUUAACCUACAGAGUGAAGACUUCCUGAACGCGAUCAUGGCUUCGCAGAACAAGGAAACGCCAGUGUUUGCUAAAUUGUAGUCGCAUUUAUACCGUGGAGCGAGUGGCAAUAAACGUUACAAUAAGCCUUUGUUCUGUA